AUGGAACUGUUUAAUGCGAUAAGCUUAUUUAACCGUCGAAAAUAUGAAGAGUGUGCAUCAAUAUGUACCAAUUUAUUGAGGAAAAAACCAUUAGAUCAGGCUGUCUGGGUAUUAAAAAUGCGUGCCCUAACUUUACAAUUGUAUGUGGACGAUAUUGAAGGCGAAGAAGAAGGCAUUGCUGAAAGUUUAUUAGAUAAUUACACCAUAGCUUCAAUGCCUAGACCUGGUACAUCGUUAAAAAAUCCAGGUACAUCAAUGGUAGGUCAAGGAAUUCGUCCUAAAACCCAAUCAGGAAGACCUGUUACUGGUACAAUAAGGCCCAUGACACAAUCUGCUACUGCUAAAACCGUCGAACAAGCUUUAAGAACACCUCGUACAGCAAUGACUGCAAGACCUAUAACUACUUCAUCAGGGCGUGCGGUGAGGCUUGGAACAGCUUCAAUGUUAUCAGAACCUAAUGGACCUUUUAUUCAAAUUUCGAGAUUAAAUAUCUCUAAGUAUGCAAGUAAAAGUGGAAUUGCAAAACCUCUUUUUGAAUAUAUUUUUUACCAUGAGCAUGAUGCAAGAAAUGCGUUAGAUUUAGCAGUACAGGCAAUUCAAGCAUCUAAUUUUAAAGAUUGGUGGUGGAAAGUGCAACUCGGUAAAUGUUAUUACACCCUUGGACUUGUCAGAGAUGCAGAAGAACAAUUUAAAUCAGCUUUAAAAGAACAUAAAAAUAUAGACAUUGUAACAAGAUUGAUUAGAGUAUUUAUAAGACUUGAUCAACCCUUAGCUGCGUUAGAUUUAUGUAAACGAGGACUUGAAUAUUUUCCUAAUGAUGUGACUAUUCUCACAGAAAUGGCAAGAGUUUUUGAGGGAUUAAAUAGUACAACUAUGUCUGUUAAAUAUUAUAAAAUGGUAGCACAGGAAGAUGCUGCCAAUAGUGAGGCAAUAGCCAGUAUAGGAAUGCAUCAUUUUUACAAUGAUCAACCAGAAUUGGGAUUACGAUAUUAUCGGAGAUUACUUCAAAUGGGUGUGUACAACGCUGAAUUACUUAACAAUCUUGGUUUGUGUUGUUUUUACGCACAGCAGUGGGAUCAUACGAUAUCAUGCUUUGAAAGAGCUUUAAGUCUUGCUACAAAUGAAAAUGCUGCUGAUAUUUGGUACAAUAUCUCUCAUAUAGCCAUUGUGAGAGGUGACUAUGUAUUGGCUGAAGAAUGUCUCAGAUUAGCAAUAUCAAUAGAUAAUAGACAUGCCAGCUCGUAUAAUAAUUUGGGAGUUCUUGAAAUAAAGAAAGGAAAUGUAACUGCAGCUAGAACGUAUUUUCAUGCGGCUGCAAGUAUUGUUGAUUACAUGCAUGAACCCCAUUUCAAUAGUGCUUACUUAGCACAUCAGAUCGGUGACUUACAAACUAGUUACCUUGCAGUUCAAAAAUCGCUUUAUGCGUACCCAAGUCAUCUAGAUACUAAACUUCUUUUUGAACAAUUUCAGCAUCACUUUUUUUAUGAUUAA